AGUUGGAAGAGAAAGCGAACUUGCGCUGCUCUCUCUCGCUCUCUCUUUUUGUUUAACUCUUUAUUUAAACGGGCAGCUUGGAAACCGAACGUGAGUCUGUCGUGAGAAAUUCAAGGCCUUUAUUGACACUGAGCGGCACGAGGAGGGGAUAAGAACGAAGACAAGCCGCGUUAAACUAUCAACAGGAUGUUUCAGAGCUCGGAGUUCGUCGUUUUCAUUUGUCUGUUUCUUGGGGCCAAAACCACAACAGAGCAGAUUUUGCCUCCCCAAAACUUGUCCCUGCAUUGGAUAAAUGAGUUCACCCCAGAGCUGACGUGGGAGCCGCCGCCGCACUCCAUGGCAAACUGCUACUAUGAUGGAAAGAUCAAAAUGAACCACAAAGAGGCACUAAAAUUAGAGCCUAUCAAAAGCAAGUCUACAUCUUUUAGUGAUGGCCCGCUGUCCAUGGAGGGAGGACUUCUAAGUUACUCUUUGGAAACAGUUUGUCACGGUAACCGAAGUGAGCCAGCAGUUUUGAAUAUAUCUAACCCAGAUCUGGUGAAGUCGCCGGAUUUCUACAUAACUACUGCUAAACGAGGCCACUGCUCCUGGUCCCCCGUCAGGACAACUCCAGAGCUGCGUUUCUUCUAUCUAUUGAACGAUCAAAACUCUGAAGAACCUUCAACAGAGAUACUACAGGAAUGCUCAUCGUACACUUACACUGAUGGUGUGAAGUCUGGCUGUGAUUUGAAUGCAACGACAGAGAUGAGCAUUAUGAUGCUGUUUAAUGCAACAGUGAACAACAAAGUUGUUCGGAACACCUUCAAUAGGAAGAAAUUAAAAGUAAAACCAGCUGCCCCUGAAUGGACAGUCAAAAAAAAUAAGAGCAAUUUCACCAUCAGCUGGACUCCUCCAGACAUGCUAGGAUUAAAUUCAUGGACAUUCACAAUAAAUUAUACCGAAUGUGAAAAAGAGGAACAAAGGUCUGUAAAAGGAUCUUCCCACGUGCUGCUGCGGACGCCUUCCUGUCAGUACUGUAUGAAGAUUCAAGCCAAGAGCAAAUAUGGGGACUCGCCUCCUUCUGAUGAGAAGUGUUUUGAUCCUGAUCCGAGUUCUUUCUCUGUGUACAUCGUCAUCGUUGCCCUGUUAGUUACUCUGGCAUCUAUCUUCAUUGUGUGUUUGCUGAGGAAUAAGAAGCAUAUCUUCCCCAAAAUACCAGUCCCUUCGAACUUCUUCAAAGAUGUUCUCGAAAACAACAAUGAGAGUUUUUUUCGCAAGUUGUAUGUCCCGACAGAGGAACAAGAGAACUGUACUGUCACGGUGGUGAAAGAUGCGCAGACCAUCAAACCAGACUGUUGAAACUCCUUCGCUGUCAGCGCACACUUCCUCUGAAGCAAGGAACCCUGAUUCUGAGUCCAUUUUUAUGAGAAUUAGCAAAAAAAUAAUCUCAGGUGACUGUAGAUUGAAAGGCCAAACUUUUUGAUGUUGAUGCAGCAGAAAAAAAUCGACUGCUGUUUCUGAACAGAUCCACUCAGCUGCUGCUUGUUUUCACGGAAAUGCCUGAGAUUCUGUCGCUUUGCACUAAACAGUCACUGAACUGUGAGUCAGGACCUUUCCUGGGAGUUCCUACUCAGCCACAGCUGUAUGAGAUGCAGACUGAAAGAGAUUCUCUAUUUAUCCCCAGCUGAUUACUUCUUGAGGUGUUUUGUUAUUUUAUAACACCUUUGGUUUCCAUGUGCAACUGAGUCACACCAUGAUCAUUUGUAGAUGGAAUUUCUGUUUUUGAAGAGUUCCCAGGCUAGAAGCCAACAAUGUGCCACAAAUUCUCCUAUUAUUUCUACCUACUCUGUACUGUCUUUUUUACAUGAGGGAUGCUGUACUGUAUGCCCUCUUUGUGUAAAGAUUUUUCCUUUUGAGUUGCACGUAUGAAAUUAAUUUGAGUUAGUACUACCAAAGAGUGUUGGUGCCAGCUUAUUGGUAGGUUUAUCAUGGUUUUGUCAUCCAGGCGGUUCCCUUGUUUUUCCCAGCAAUGACCUCAUCACCUCUGUUCACUUAAAACUUAUACGUUCAAGUUACUGCCAAAUUACCAAAUAUUUCAAUAUUUACAUUUUCUUCAACUACUUCUUACCAAAAGUAUAACGCAACUGAAAUCUUAAAAAAAAGUGUUUAUUUAACCUCCAGAACAAAAUAAUUUAGUUUUUAUGGCACUAAAUUAUUUGGGCAACAGCAGUAGCAGUUCACCCUGCAAUCGGUAAGUUGCUGGUUCAAUUCCCAGUCUGUCUGCCCUUGUUGUUUGUGUCCCUGGACAGACGCUUCAGUACCUUACCUGAUGGUGGCUUGAUUGCUAUUAUCAGAGUGUAAAUGAGCUGAUGAUACAAUAUUUUAUCUCUGUAUUGGAAAAAUGAAGAUGUAUAAAAUGGAUUAUUAUAUUAUUAGUUGCCAAGCAAACUUAUCUUUUUUUUUUUUUUUUUUACUAGCUUUAAGUCUUCCAAAGACCAACCCUCUUCUGCCUCCCCUAAUGUCUGAAACUGUUACUUUCCUUGUUUUCCAGUUUGGAGACAUUUUCUGUGUAUUUUUGAUGACAUACUGUGUGUGUUUGGUCAGUGGAGCUGUUUGUAAAUGCCUUAAAACUCAGUUUGGUUUCUUUUACAACUGGAAUAUGUAUAUUUACACAUACACACACACAGAAAAAAAAACUGGGUGUAUUUGUUUUAAAGUAAAGCCUUAUAUGUAUUUUUAUAUCUUUUCUAUGAUCAAGCUGAUCUCAACAGAGGAAUGAUUGUAUUUGUUUUAUGGAGUGCUUUGAAGAAACGCGGCUCUCAUUAGUUACAUUGUGAAUAUGCAUUGGUAACAGAAACAACCUUCCUUAUCCACCCUCUAUCCCCACCCACCCUCAACAAUGUAGUCACAGCAAGAAAGCUCUAGUUUACGGUUAUGUUUUUGUUUUUGUCUCCUGUCUAGGUUAUUUCUUUUUAGCUAUGCUAAUUAAGUAGCCGCUAGCUGUAUCAGACCAUGUUCCACACCAAUUUAAAAGUAUGUUUCCACAACUUUGCAAGAAUGUGAUUUUUUUAUUUUAUUUUUUUUUUAUUUUAAAAUUUUAAAAAUGCAAAAUAAAUGUCCUUUGUCUGAAGCUGCA